UUCGGCCGCAGCAGCUGCAGGCUUUUGCUGUCGCAAGUUCAGGGGAGGGAGCAGUAACCGCGAGCAAUUGAUGUAGGGACACGGCGGAGAAGUAUCUCUGCAGUGCGCUGACAGCAUGGCAACAACAGCGGGCAGAAGCCUCUCCUGCUCUAAAUCGUACAGUUACAGCAUCAUCAUCUCCCCCCGCUUGGUUUCCAAGUUCUGAGGAACCAGUGGUACGAGGACGAGCGAGUCGGAAGAGAGUGCAAGGGCAAUGCGUCGUGGUAAUUGACGGUUGCUGAUGAUGUUCUAUCUCAGGUUCCCGUGUUCAGGGUAAAAUCUGUAACAAGACAGGAGGCAAAGACUUCAUUAUCACGAGUGCUGAAGAUAUUUCGUUUCAAGAAGGAUCUAAUGUCGACCCAGAAUGGAGCCAAGAGGGGCUCAUACUCUAGCCCCUGCAUCUCAAACGGAAGCUCCAGAUCAAAAGUUCCGCUUAAAGGUGGGAGAGGAGUAUACAUGCACAGGACAACAGGACCUGGGCGAUUGGGGGUGAAUUGGUGGAAGGAUACAGGGAUUUCUUACAUUAGACCUACUUACAAGGAUUCAGAAGCUAGAUCCAGGUAUGGCCACAAUUGGCAUACUAAAGCUUUCGUUGUGUGGGUGGUUUUUAUGGGAGCUGUUUCUCUAUCCGUUUUUCUGGCCAUGAGAUUCGACAUGCUGGAGCGGAGAAGAGAGAAUCUUGCAAACAUGUGCGAGGGACGGGCCCGCAUGCUUGAGGAGCAAUUCAAGGCCAGCAUGAACCACGUUAGAGCACUUACAGCUCUUCUCACUACCUUUCAUCUUGGCAAGCAACCCUCAGCUAUUAAUCAGGAAACAUUUGCUACCUAUGCUGAAAGAACAGCUUUUGAGAGGCCGUUGAUGAGUGGUGUUGCAUUUGCUGAACGAGUGCUGCAUGCGAAUCGGAAAUUGUUCGAGUCAGCACAUGGCUGGACUAUAAAGGAAAUGUAUUCGAAAGAUCUUCAACAAGAUUUCGACGAAUAUGCCCCAACCACAAUGUCUCAGAAGUCUCUCUCGUAUUUAACCUCUCUUGAUAUGAUGUCUGGCCAGGAGGAUCGCGAAAAUAUUAUUCGAGCGCGAGAGUUAGGGAAAGGUGCUUUAACCAAGCCAUUCAGGCUUCUGGAAUCUAAGCAUCUUGGAGUGGUGUUCACCUUCGCCGUCUACUGCACAGACCUACAUGAUGAUGCGAAAAAGGAAGAUCGGAUCAAAGCAACUGCCGGGUAUCUUGGAGGUGCUUUUGACGUCGAAACACUUGUGGAGAAUCUGCUUCGUCAAAUGGCUGGUAGUCAAAUUAUUGCCGUCAAUGUGUACGACAUCACCAACGAGACCAUGCCUCUUGUGAUGUAUGGCCAUACCAAUGUUGAGAAGUCAAAAAACACGUAUGUCAGCAGCUUGGAUUUCGGAGAUCCGGCGCGAAGGCAUGAAAUGCGUUGCAGGUUUAAAGAGGAUGCAUUACCUCCUUGGACAGCCAUAUCCACUUCAAUAGGUAUAUUUGUGAUAGCGUUUUUGGUUGGACACAUGCUACAUGCGUCAAGAAACCGAAUUGACAAGGUUGAAGAAAAUUGUCGCAUAUUUCAGGAGCUAAAGAUGCGCGCAGAUGAUGCCGUCAUAGCGAAGUCUCAGUUUCUGGCGACAGUAUCACAUGAAAUUCGGACCCCCAUGAAUGGUGUUCUAGGAAUGCUUAAUAUGUUGACGAAUACUCGGCUGAAUCCAGCACAGUUAGACUACGCCCGAACUGCUUUAGCGAGUGGCAAAGCACUUAUCAAUCUUAUCAAUGAGGUCCUUGAUCAAGCAAAAAUUGAAUCAGGCCGUGUAGAGCUUGAACACGUUCCAUUUGAUUUGCGUGCCAUCCUUGACGAUGUACUCUCUCUCUUCCAUGGGCAAUCAAGAGAUUCAGGUAUCGAGCUGGCAGUUUACGUCUCUGCGAAAGUUCCUAAGAUUCUCGUCGGCGACCCUGGUCGAUUUCGGCAGAUCAUCACCAAUCUCGUUGGCAAUUCCAUCAAAUUCACCGAAGCUGGUCACAUUUUUGUUUGCGUUCAUCUCAAUGAGGAUGUCAACAACUUGAUGGAUGGGGAUGAAGGUGAAGCCGAUGACACUCUGGAUGGGGAGGUUGAAAGUGCCGGACCUCUGACGGACAUGAACUACCGAUUCAACACCCUUAGUGGCAGAGAAACUGCUGAUUACCGAAACAGCUGGGAAAUGUUUGAGCGACUGCUCGCUCAAGAAAAGUCACAUCGAUCAGGUGUAGACCAAGAUACUCGGAAUUACUGUGACUUAAAUGGGGCGGUGAAUCUGGUGAUCAGUGUCGAAGAUACAGGUGUUGGUAUACCCCUGCAUGUACAAGACCGUGUCUUUAUGCCCUUCAUGCAGGCCGACAGUUCAACAUCAAGAAAUUAUGGAGGAACAGGAAUUGGACUAAGCAUAAGCCGUUCCUUAGUAGACCUCAUGUCAGGGGAGAUGGAGUUUGUUAGUCAUCCUAAAGUGGGGUCCACAUUCACGUUUACUGCAGAAUUACAACGUGUACCUGCAAAUGUACCCGAACAUAUCCUCAGAGAAGGCAGAAACUGUUAUCUACAAACGCCGCCGCUAACUACGUGUUUCCAAGGAAUGCGUGUACUGGUAGUGGAUGGCCGAAAAGUCCGCUGUGAAGUCACUCGACAUCAUUUGCAGAGGCUUGGACUUCGGGUUGAGGUCGCCCACACUCCUGGUGAGGCUGCCGAACUUCUAACCACAACCGUUGAUCGCGGAAAUCGCGGCUCUAGGGAUUCACAACGCUCUUUUGCAACAGAUAUUGAAUUGAUUUUUGUGGACAAGGACGCUUGGGGUCCUGGAACGUGGGUGAAUUUUCGAAGUCUUCUUACUGAAAGUUUCAUCGGCCAAUUGAGUCACAACCAAAGUGGCCUAACCAGCUACCAGUAUCGUUCAGCAGCGGGCAGACUUCCAAAUGGAUAUCCAACAUUAAACUCCAUGAAGAAGAUGGUUCUCGUAGCGACAUCAAUGAAUGAGAUGGAGCUUAGUGUGGUCAAGGCUAGCGGAUUUGUCGAUACUGUUGUUCGGAAACCUCUUCGAGCAAGCUUGGUAGCUGCUUCCCUCGAGGAGAUACUUGGGGUUGGGGAUGGGGGCCGGGAUCAAGGGCAGAAUUUACAGGGGGGAAUUAAUUCCCUUCAGAACCUCUUAACUGGGAAAAGAAUUCUUGUGGUUGAUGACAAUCCCGUGAAUCGUAAGGUUGCUGCCGGGGCCCUCAAUAAGUACGGCGCCCAAGUUGACUGUGUUAACAGUGGGAGAGCUGCGAUCCAAAGUUUGAAGCCUCCGCACAAUUACGAUGCCUGUUUUAUGGAUGUGCAAAUGCCAGAAAUGGAUGGUUUUGAGGCCACAAGAUUAAUAAGGAAGGCUGAAGCUGCAGCCGUAGACAAUUGGCAAGCAGGGAGAUUCUCCUCUUUCGGACGCCGAUUGCAUGUGCCAAUCCUGGCGAUGACAGCCGACGUCAUUCAAGCCACAUCGGAAGAGUGCAUGCGCUGUGGAAUGGAUGGCUACGUAGCUAAGCCCUUUGACGAGCAUCAUCUCUACCAAGCAGUUGCCAAGCACUUCUUCGGGCCAAACUGAUGUGUAAAAAGCACAUUCCGCUCCUGAGAUCAUUGAACUGAAACUAUGAUCCCGUUUCCUAGGUAUAAGUCUAUCGAAGCACAAUUUUACUCCGGAGUUGUCAACUUAGACGACGGAUUUGACAUGUUAAUGACAUCAGACGUAUGAGCCUCGGAUUAGAUCCUCGAAGUACGAAAGCUGAGGGGCUAGUUACAGAUUUUAGGCCCAACUUCUAUGAUACAAAUCAAAAGGGAAAAUUUGAUGUUGAUAAUGUGUGCGGCUCACGCUGCAUGCCGAGGUAACCAGCAGAGAAGUAUUUUACAAAAGCAACUUGUAAACAUUUACCUCGCGAUUUGUCAGACAUUACUGGCGAAGGCGUUUUUUUUAGGAAGUAAUUAUCCACCA